GCCAAAUCGCAGUGUUCGAUUGCCGGCGUCUUGUCAAAGUGCAUUUAUUUGUGUUGAGAGGAGAGUGAAAUGGAGUCGGUGGAUGUGUUUUUGGAUCAUCUGCAGAAGGAUCAGCAACGUCGACAGCAUGAGCUUUUGGAGAAGGAGAAAUUGAGGAAGGAGGAGCUGGAAACACUCACACAGACUUUGAGUCAGCUGAAAGAAGAGAAACAACAAUGUGUGCUGGCAAUCGACAAAAACCUGAGUUCCAUAACUUCCUCCAAGCACAGCAUUCACAAAACCGUGCGGGAGACGAAGGAUGACGCUGGACUACCAAUUUCCAACACCUCUCGAACACAUGCCCUGAAUUUCUUCAACGACACCAUGACAUUCAUCAACUCCCAGAGUGAGAAUUCAGGAGUAAUUGGAACAGAAGAGAACGUGAAUACUCAGAGAUUAUCAGCUGCAAUACAAAACUCAAACGAAAACUCUAAAAAGGAGGUUGUAAAGGUGAAUAACAAAGUGGCAGCUGUACAAACAGUGAUUGAAAGCAUUCCUGUACUUUCGGGGUAUAUAACCUCAGUGAAUGAUCAAGAGGAGGAACCACAGUUCGAUACAUCUCUUACGUUAAUCUAGACUGAUAUUCGUAUUCAAUGAAUUAAUAUUUU